GCAUUCCUCUGGAGACAAAAAGGACAUAUCCAAAGUUUUCCGCGAACGUCGAUUUGACUAAAGAAUAUAGCUCAAAACAGGUUCAAGACAUGCUUGGAUUACGUCCUCAAGUGCAAAGACCGGGCCAACCUGGAGUCGCGUCGAACCUGGGAGCUAGUCGGUAUGUCAUUGACACCUAUUCUUUGAGCGAGAGACAGUGUGAAUUUACCUUGACCUCAAUUCUAGAGCAACUUCAACGCGACCCGUGGCCAGUCGCUAAUGACAAACGACCACAUCGAUGCACAGGUGUUGCGAUGAGUGUCGCAAUUGGUUUGAUGGAGACUACAUUCUCUGGUACGGGGGCUCGUAUUAUGCUUUUCUGUGGUGGUGCGGCUACGGAAGGUCCGGGUAUGGUUGUUGGAAAUGAAUUGAAAGAGCCCAUUAGAUCUCACCACGAUAUCGAAAAGGACAACGUCAAAUACUACAAGAAGGCUACUAAG